AAUACCAGUGGUUUAUGUCACUCACACAUGGCUUAUCAUCUGCCCGCGUGUUUAUCUCUGCCGGCAGGAUGACAGGGGAUGCGUGUGACUCCCUGGAGGACUUUCAAGCGACUUUUGGAGACAUGCUGACCUCCAACAUGUCCAAGACUCUGCAAGGGGACAAUAUCACCAAGAACUCCAGCUGUAGAUCAGUUUCAGUCGGAUUCCCAAUUACUAUGAUGGUGACUGGGAUGGUGGGCAACUCUUUAGCACUUAUCCUAGUUUAUAUCUCCUACAGAAAGAAAGAAAACAAAAGGAAACGGUCUUUCCUGCUCUGCAUUGGUUCAUUGGCUUUUACAGACCUCUUUGGACAGCUUCUAACAAGCCCAAUAGUAAUAUCAGUUUACAGAGCCGACUUGAAAUGGGACCGAAUCGACUCUUCUGGCUAUUUGUGCCCUUUUUUCGGUGUUUGCAUGACAACUUUCGGGCUGUGCGCACUGUUUAUGGCCAGCGCAAUGGCAAUAGAAAGAGCCACGGCCAUAACAAACCCACAUUGGUACUCUAACCACAUGAAAACCAGCGUGACUAAACAGACUCUAGCUGUCAUAUGGUGUCUUGUGUUGCUUUUUGCGCUUUUACCUAUCGUUGGAGUCGGGAAAUACACGCGUCAGUGGCCCGGGACUUGGUGCUUUAUCAGCACGGGGGACAGAGAGGUUCCAGGGAACAUGUUUUUUGCCAUUACUUUUGCAGCACUUGGGAUUUUCUCGUUGCUUGUUACAUUUUCUUGUAAUGUAGUGACAAUACGAGGUUUAAUCUUACGGUGUAAAACUAAAUCUGGCACUUCCCAUUCCUCCAAACAGUGGGAAAGGCUCACUACAGAGACUGUUAUUCAGCUGUUGGGAAUCAUGUGCGUUUUGCUGAUAUGCUGGUCCCCUUUGCUGGUGUUAAUGCUAAGGAUGAUCUCUACCCAAACCUCCUCCCACGAGUGCAACCCCACCUUUGGGAACAGCAUCGUGAACUCCGGCCGGGAUUACCAGUUAGACUGCAACUUCUUUCUCACCGCCAUCCGCCUGGCCUCCCUCAACCAGAUCUUGGAUCCAUGGGUUUAUCUGCUGUUCAGGGAGAUUCUUCUUCGGAAGUUCUGCAUCAUGGCCAAUGCUGUGUCCAACUGUUCCAUAGAGGAACGAAAGGGCACUCAGACUGCUCUGGAUGCAGUAGACAAACAAAACCAGGAUAAUGAGAGACUUCAAAAACCGCAGACAAGCUAA